UCCCCUCCCUCCCCCUUUCCCCAGCCUCUAUAGAGGGGAGGGAGGCAGACCGCCGCCACACUCAGCCUCAGUGCCAAGCCUCAGUUGCAGCCUCAGCCUCAGCCUCCGUCUCCCGCCAUGGAGCCCCGCAGCCUCGCGCUCCUCGCCCUCCUGCUGCUCGCGCUCCUCGGGGCCAGCCAGGAGAAGCCCAUCAGCUUGACUUAUCGCUGCCCCUGCAGAUAUGUUGAGAGCAGUGUGGCCAAGUCUCACAUUAAGCACCUGAAGAUCCUGACUGUUCCUGGCUGUUCGCUCCAGAUUAUUGCAAGAUUGAAAAAUAGCAGCAAACAGAUCUGCAUUGAUCCCAAGCUAAAGUGGAUUCAGGAGUAUCUGGAGAAAUAUCUACUCAAGAGACUCAAGAUGUAAGAGGCGAGCACUGUCGCCAUCCACAGGAUGCCCCUAUGUAGAAGCCAGAGAUAUCCUUCUAUUAGGGAAUGUUAACGGCAUCUCUUCUAUUACAUAUCAAAGAGCACUUCUGAAGUCAUAUAUUUGCACAAAAUGUCUAGGCUUUGCCAGCAGUAUCUGAUCUAGUUUGAAUCUUUGGGUGAGUCUACACUGGUCAGUAAAUGAGUAGAAAUGCUCCAGGCUGGUCCUGGAUUUGGCAAGCAUGCACCCUGCUGGACCCACUGCGGCACUGGGCUGGUGUCCACAUGGUCUCGCCAGAACAAAACCACACUGGACCAUCACUUCACCUUCUGUGUUGCUGUUGUCACUCCUAGUCAGCAACAGAGCUUCAUGCGAUCCCAUGGCCAUCAUGGGUGCCCCAUUCUGACAUCAGUAAAGAAACCCAUGCAAUUAGGAAGGAGGAUGGGGCUGAUCUUCCUGGUUGUCUGUGUAGUUCUGCUAGUCUCACAUUGGGAUGCAAAGAGCUUUAUGGCCUGCUGGGAGCAAUGACAGUGGCAACAUGGGUGCAUACCAGGCUGAACUGAAUUUGAUCCAGGUGUCCACACUACAUCAAAUCUGCAGGAUACUCCAAACUUUCCAGUAAAUGUCACAGCAUCCCCCCCAACUUUGCUUGAAGUGGGAUAAAUCCAGUUAAACCAGGAUAAACUGUGAUAUUCACCAGAAGUAUAGUAACAUUGUGAGGACAGCCAAAGGUCAAUUCAGAGUGAGUCUGGGCUUUUGUGCCUGCAUAGACUUGCCCUUUGGCAAAGUUUGAUAUUACGUAAUACUCAUAUAAGUAACCAGAAUCCAUAUGAAACAGCAUUUAUAUGCAUUUUGCUGUGCAGAACCCUGGCAUUUACUCCUUAUAACAAGAAUUUCCUUGUUGGCUGGAUUUUAGAUGAAUGCAUGGAAUAGAAAAGGACGGUUGGAUCUCUAAUAUUUGUAGAGACAGUCCCCAUCCACACUUUAAAAAAAUAGAACUAUGUUUGAAGAUAAGACAAGCUGUGGCCAGCGUUUUUGUAAUAAAUGACAGCACAUUUGUGGAAUAAAAUGGUGGUUCAUGAAAAAUCAUGGACAUUGGGGGGAAUGGGCCUGAAUCAAGACCAUGACAGGUUCAUUUGACCAUGUAGGGCUGAGAAGCUGCAAUUCAGGAUUAUGGAUAUGCUACUGAAAUCAUCCCAAAUAAAGUGAAACAUACUGGCUUUUUUUCCAAAGAGGAGCCCCCCGUGACACAAUGGGUUCAACCCUUAUGCUGGCAGGACUGCUGACCAACAGAUUGACGGUUCAAAUCCAAGCUCCUGUCUCAGCUCUAGCUUCCUAUGCGGGGACAUGAGGGAAGCCUCCCACAGGAUGGUUGUCCCCUGAGCAAUGUGCUUGCAGAAGGCCAAUUCUCUCACACCAGAAGCGGCUUGCAGUUUCUCAAGUUGCUCCUAACACAUUUUUUUCAAAGUUUCUGUUAGAGUGGUCAGUAGAGUCUAAGCACUGUAUCGUAUGGUAUGUGUCUAAAAGAUUAUAGAUGGAUACAAGUGGUAAGCCUUCUUUUCUUCAUUUAAUUGUCAACUAAAAUAAGAUUCAGGUGGAAAGGACAGUCUGCUUGCAACAGAAAAGCACUGAUUACUUAGUACUGAAAUAUGUAAUCUCUGACAAAUGUGGAAAAAUCACAAGAGAUUUUAAACAGGGUUAUAGCUAACAAUAUAAUGAACUGUAACAGGCAAUAGGAAGUGGAAUUCACUUAUAUCAUUCUGUCAAUAGAGCAGCUUUCUUCAACAAAAUGAAGGAUUUAAGUGAUUUCCUAUCCCCCAGGCAACUCACUACACGUCCUCAAAAAUAAGCUUGUCUGCUUUAGAUGGCUGUGGGACAAUCAGAUGCUUUGGGAUGGAGCAGGAAUAGCAAGAGGGAAAGAGAAAUUACACAGGGUUUGAUCUCUCCCCACUGUACAUUUAUAGAACUAUGGAAAAGCAAAGCCUGUGUAUUCUGCCAAACAGCAUUACCUGUUUCAGAUUGUUUAAUAAUGUAUUCCUUAGUGGGUCAAUGUUAAAUGAAAAAGUUCAAGCUGAUGUAAGGAAUACAAACAUGAUGUCUUCAUAUGUACUCCCUGUAAAAUUCUGAGAAAUAGUGUGGUUAUAUAAUGACUGCCUCAGCUGUAACACUUGGCAAAUUUGCUUAAUGGUCCUCUAAAUGACUGCAAAUCUUUUACCAUUGGCUUGGUGUUCUGAGAGUUGAAGAUCAACUCAUAGAUCCCCAUCACUGUCCUAAAAGAAGGAAGUCAUUUGGAUUGCAAGGCUUUAGAAACCUUGUUGAGAAAAAGUCACACCGAAUUCAAUGGUGUUUUCUUCUAUUACCAGAAGCAAGUGCCUCAAGAAAAAUCUACCAUGUUUGCACGUUCUUGGGAGCAAGCACUAUUCAUCUCAAUAGAAAUGACUCCUGGGUAGAUGUGUGUAGGACUGUGUUGUUAAUGUUAGUAAUUUCUAGAUAGCAAAUCGAGAGGGAUGUAUAUUCAGCAUUUAAAAAGCACACAGUUCUGCAGGACCGGAGGUUACAUAAUCCAAACAGAUACACUUGUGAACAGACUUUGGAAAAGUGGUUCAUAUUUAAUGCUAAGGGCGCAUAUUUUGCCAUUAGUAAUUAGUCAUGACAAUCAGUAUUAAUGCUCCUCUGCUUAUGGAAAAUGCCAUUAGACACCAGUUUUCAGUGGUAAAGAAACAAAAUGGCUGGGGACUGUGACUGAGAAACUGCAAGUCCAACUCAGGUCUAUGUCAGCGGUACAGGAAAUCAAGAGUAGUGUCCUAGAAAUCCAAAGGAUUAAAAACAAACCAAUUCCAAAAUCUGGGCUUGUCCACAAAAAUAUGUAGUAGUUCUUCCCAGAGAGUUCCCUUUACAAUAUUUGUGAACUUUUCUGCAACUUUUAAUGGUGAGGGUAGGUGUCAGUAGAUUCACGUUUUCUUGUUAUGUAAAACAGUGUGAGCUUUCCUGAUGACAGAGGAUUUUAAAACUCUUAAUUCAAUGUAAAAGAGCAACCUGAGGUCUGAAAGUAGAUCUGUGUAUAAUCACAAUACUCCUUGUUCCUUUAAGCUGCAGAAUUGACAGAUAGGCAAGUUUGCAUAGGACCCAACCACAGAGCGCAUCAUCGAGAGAAAAGAAUACUAGUCUUUUUAUUCCAUAGUGACUACUUCAUAUUACAAGGGAAGCAAUUUUAAUGCACUAAUGUCUGAGCAUCUUUAAAAAUAUCUAUGUGGUUUGUAGUGAUGUGAAAAUUGGAGGGUGUUUAAAGUGAAUUCCUGUGCAUGACUACUUCAUUACAGAGAGCAGCAGCAGCACAGUCCAAUUGAAAGCAGCCUCUGUACAGUAGUAUGAAAGUAUGGAUUGUUUUCAGGUUGAUUAGAACAUUGCUAAUGCUGUGUCUCAUAUUUCAGACAUCCCCAUGCAGCUUCCAAAAAGUGUUAAAAUGUUUUGGAUGGAUAAGCAGCUUUAUUUUUCUUUCUUUGUAUUUAAUAUAUACAUAUUUAUAAUGUUCAUAAUAAAAUAUGUAUUCAGAUUCUA